AUGGAUGGCAUCGAUCUCUGCGGAAAGGGGGACUUCAGUAGUGUUUCUUACCGUCCCGCACUACAGAGGACAGAAUCCAUGUAUGUUAGAGGCUUCGAGGCCUUUGAUUCUAGAAUGCAAGUUUUGCAGGAAAUUGUGGACGCAUUGAAGGAUGCUAAUGUUAACAUGAUUGGGGUGUAUGGGAUGGGAGGUGUGGGCAAAACCACACUGGUCAGAAAAGUAGCUAUGCUGGCUAAGGAAAACAAGUUAUUUGAUGAGGUGGCCAUGGCUGAGGUAACACAAACCCCAGACUACGAAAAAGUUCAAAAGAAAAUUGCUUUUGAUUUAGGCUUGGAAUUUGGACUGGAGAACGAAUAUCAGAGAAGUGGUUUACUACGGAACAAGAUAAAGAAGGAGAAGAAUGUACUUAUAAUAUUUGAUGAUAUUUGGACAAAGGUCGACUUGGAUGCAAUUGGAAUUCCUUUCGGGGGAGCUGAGAAACAAGGAAAAGAUGACAAGGUGAGGCGAUGCAUGGUAUUGCUAACUUCUAGAAAUCUGGAUGUAUUAAAAAAAGAUAUGAAGAUUCAGAAGAACAUCCCUGUUCUUCCUUUAUCUGAUGGAGACUCAUGGAAUUUGUUUGGGAAGAUUGUGGGUGAUUUGGCAGAAAACCCUGAUUUUCAUGAUGUAGUAGUUCAGAUAGUUACCAAAUGUGCAGGUUUACCAGUUGCUAUUUCAACAAUUGCACAUGCAUUGAAAAAUGAGAGUCUUAAUGCUUGGGAAGAUACCUUGGCUCAACUAAAAAGGUCUAAUCCAAGAUGCCUUCUAGAUAUGGAUGAAACUUUGUACUCUACUAUAGAACUGAGUUACAAUUUUUUGAAAAAUGAGGAAGCAAAAACACUGUUUCUUCUCUGCGCUCUAGAAAAUGUAGGCACUAGAAUGUACUUUGCUGACUUAUUGAGAUAUAGUAUGGGUUGGGGUUUGUUUGGAGAUGGUUAUACAUUAGAAGAAGGAAGGAAUAGAUUGCAUAGGUUGAUCGAUCAUCUGAAAGCUCGUUGUUUAUUGUUGGAUGACGAUGAAGAUGACAACAGAGUUAAAAUGCAUGACAUUAUUUAUGCUGUUGCUGUAUCAAUUGCAGCAACAGAUAAGUUAAUGUUUAAUAUUCAAAAUGUCUCUGGCUUGAAGGAAGUACUGCGGGAGAAAAAAGAUUCAAAUGCUAUAUCUUUGCCGUAUAGAGAUAUUUAUGAUGAGCUUCCCGAAAAGUUGGAAUGUCCUAAACUCAAGUUGUUCUGA